AACCCGUUAGGCCACUGCUGUGCACUGCUGUAGUCCCACCCAAGCCUAAACCAUAGAUCGACGCAUGCUUGGGGUGUCCGACUGAUCGUACCCGCGCUGUCUCUCGAAGGAGAGCCCGAGAAGUUGGCCGCGUUUCCAGCGCGGGGCAAAACGCUCGGCUAUCCUGGCAGGUUCAACCCAUACAUCGCAGGAAGGCAGACCAUGCCGUCCCUACGAGUCAUGAGUGCCUUGGCUGUGGCAGCCAUUGCCGCGAAGCCUGCUCGGGGCUUCCUGGCUCCUGUUGCGCCUGGGAGAGGGGGAGAGGCAGCAGGCUCCGUCAGCAGCAACCGUCCAGUAGCAGCAUCAGCAAUUCAGCGUCUUUCCCGCUCCUGCGACGCUGGGGGAGGAGGUGUGGUGGCGACGGCAACAAGUAGCAGGAGCGGCAGCAGGCGUAGCAACGGCUUGACGAUGAUGAUGAUGGCCAAGAAGAAGGCCGGGCGGAGGAAGAAGGGGGCAAAGAAGGCUGCUGCGGGGAAGGCGACUGCCGGCCAGGGUGGUGUUGCAGUGGCCGAGCCAGCAGCAGCAGCAUCGGCGGCCGCCGCCGCCGCCGCCGCCGCCGCGGUAGAAGAAAACGCCAAGAUGUCGGCAGCGGGGACAACAAUCAAGAACCGAGCGGGGGGUGAGCAGCCGGUGGCAAUGCCACCACCGACGACAGCAGCAAGGAAAGCCACUACUCUCGACGCCGCCGCAGCUUCCGUGGAUACCGGAGGCUCAUCGCCGAAGGCAUCCGGCGGGGCACAGGCCGCCGCCGCCGGCGGUGCAACCAAGGGGUUCGGGGCCCCCGCGGCACCGCAACCAAGGCCGGUGCAGAAGGGGCUAAACAAGGGACCCGUGCCCAUGAAGGCCCAGCAGGGCGGGGGCACAGCGCAAGGCAAGGCGCAGUCUUCUUCGCCGCCUCCCAAGCAGACGGGCUUCGAUGCGCUGGCCACCGGGGUCCCCAUUGGGGGGCAGACGGACCAUCAGAAGACGCUAACCGACGUGGAGUUUUCGGAGCCGGAAUCGGAGCCAGACACGGUGCGGCUCAACAAGGGCGCGGGCAAGCGGCAGGUUAACGGCGCGGAGAUGUCGCCAGCAGACAUGCUCCAGUACCUCAGAGACAACAACCUUACCAUCGAUCUGGAGACGAUGAACCCGGUCGAGAUUCCGAAGCAGACCGAUGCGAAAAUGGAGGCGUUUUUCCCCUACCCUCCGGCAAACGUCUUGGCCAAGUACUCCCUGGGUGCCCAGCCCAAGCCGUCGCAGUUCGCCGCCGCAGUGAUCGCGCUUCUGCCGGAAGAUGAACCAUGGAACGGAGCCAAGAUUCGACCGCUGCCCGAGCUGAAGGACUUCCUAUUGGCCAACCGUCGGCAUGGGGGGAAACGAGGGAUGAACGUUAUCUCGGCCAUGAUGCUCAAGGCUAUGAGCGAGGGGGACCUGGAUCGCGCAAAGUACCUUAAGGGCGCCGCGAUAUGCAUGACCAAGGCUGAGGACACUAUCACCGGUCCUUUCCGACAGGCGGUCAUGUUUGCGGAGAACCGAUUGGCGCCGUGCAUGGGAAGCACGGUUUGCGAGGAGUACGCCGGAGAAGAUGCCGCGGACGCUGCAGCCACGUGGGUCGUGCUCAAGGCUUGCGUUGCGGAGUGGGAGCUGCGCCUCAGGGAAACGCGGGGGGAGGAGAUCGGGCUCCAUGACAUCUUCCGGACCAUACCAAACCCCACCAUGGGUUUGGACGAGGAGAGGACGGCGGCAAUCACAGGGAGCGUGCAGGCCAUGGGGUUGUCUUUCAGCAACAACGAGAAGCUCAUGAAGGGCCUACCGGCGGUGCUGCGGUUCAUGGACGGAGCGCUCGGGCUCAACACCACCACCGACGUCAGGCGUUUCGCGUUGAAGGAGUUCUGUCCCAAGGAAGGCAUGGCGCCCGAGGACCUGAGGCUCAGGGUUCGCUCGUUGAUAACGGGCCUUGACCAACUCCCCUCAAAGUCCUACCACCAGCUUCAGGUUGCCGUGGCAGACGUGUACGAGUGUCUUGCCGAGGGGACGGAGGACGAGUUCUGCCUGUACCUCAACAACUGGGAAGAGAGCACUACUCAGGGCGACGAGAACCUUAGCUUCCAGCCCUACAGGCUGGACACCGGCGAGGUUUGGCGAAACCGUCUUCGCGAGAUAGUGACGACGCCAGUACCCGUUCGGGAAAACAAGGAUGACUACGAGGUGCUCUUCAAGGAGAUCUUGCCCAAGAGCCUCUGGAACUUCGCUGCCUCAGACGACACGGACAAUUUCGAACUCCCUUUCGUGUACCUCAAGAAGGGCUGGUGGGACUCGUUGGACUUCUUGGACCCCGACCGGGUCGCGGAGAUGAGGGCGAGAAAGGCGGAGGAGGAAGCCCUGGUGAUGGAGGACCCCAGUUUACGGGUGGAGGAGGAAGGUGAUGGCGAGAUGGAUGACAUCUUCACCGACUUCAUGAAGGAGCAGGAGCUGGAGAUGUCGAACUUCGAGUUCACUGAGGAGGAUUUCGCGGACGAUGGCAACUACGACGAUAUCCGCGAUGGGCCAGGCCCUGGCAUGGAGGAAGUAGACCUUGGCUUCGAAGGCGGCCCCGGUGUCGUGGACUUCGGCCUCUAGAACAAUAGAAACUCCUUGCCGUCUUGUCAUGCUUGCUGGGACAAUUUGGGAGCUGAUGGAUGGUUCGAUCCGACGAUAGAACGAAGGAUCAGGGGAGAUAGUAGGGUGGUUGAAAGAGGGCCUGUUUCUUACACGUGUACCUGGUAUACUAGAAUACUAGAAUACUAGUUUUGCUUCUUCAAUCUAUUUUUCUUGUCUCGUGUAGUCUUGACUGACGGCCGUGUGGAUCCCUAACUGAAAUCUCGGGUGGGAGGUUUAUCUCUCUCUUGUGUCCUGUUUCCAUCAGACGGAUAGAAAUGUUGAGGCAUUGGGCAGAGGUAUGAGCAACGGACUAAGGCAAUAUCGCCGAAAACCUGUAUGACUGGCAGAUGGCACGUUUGUCGAUUGCAGUCAAACCAAAGUAUUGGGUGGGUAGGCUAACUAUGUAGGACGCCUCACCAACAUCUCGGUAUGUAUCCGAAAUCUAAAGCCAGGGGAUGGGGAUGCUGUAGUUGUGUAGAAAGGCGAGAGGUUUGGGGGGAUAAUGUUGUCCUGCCUGUCUGUGUUGUCGUCCUGUCAGUGCCUCAGUCGGAGCGUAUUGUUUCUGCCUGGUUUAUGCAAGAGGUACAGCAGCGGUAGAAGGCUGGGAAGGAUGUUGUCCAUGACGC